AAAAUUGCAAAAUUCAACGGUCCUGAGCUUCCCGUCGAAUGUGGACCCAUGGAGGGGAUUCUAUACAAGAAUCUGCUGCAACAAGGCUCCAGUCAGAAGUGUAUACAGGGUGAGGAUGGACGGUUCUUCACCCUGCGAGAAUUUGAAAUUGAAGGCGGCUACAAGGCAUCCAGGAACUGGAAGCAAAGCGUGCGCUGCCUCGGGUGGCCCCUGAAAUUUUUGAUCCAGAAAGGAUUUCUGCAAAACCCACCAAGAAGCAGAAGAAAGCGUACACAGCAGUCUGACAGCAGCAUCUCUAUUGACCCUUAUCCAGAGAACUCCAAUGAGUGUGACAUGUGCUGCCAAGGGGGGAUGAUUUACUGCUGCGAUACCUGUUCAAGAUCCUACCACCAGGACUGCCACAUCUCACAUAUAGACCCUAAGAGCAACCCAUGGAGUUGCCUCAACUGCAGGACCAAAGACAUGUGGCAGAGUUGUGGGAAGAAACAGCCACUUCAUCAGGAAUCAGAGGUGCUGCAGAUGCAGAUGAAGCCUGAGCAGCAGCUGGGCAGGAGCGCAGUCUGA